AUGGCGUUCAUGAGUUUGAAGUCCAUCAUCAUCCCUCCUAUCUCUUCUCCAACAACAACAACAAAAGCCCAUCAUCGGCGGCCAUUGACGAGAGCCUUCAAAAGUGACGACAGCCUUCAAAAUUCUUAUAAUUAUGAUCGGCAGCGGCCAUUGACGAGAGCCUUCAAAGUUGAGCCGGAACCAAUAUUCUCCUAUGUGAAAUCCUUUGCACCAGCCAUAAUUGCAGACGUGGGCCCGGACUCUAAACAGAUCAAUUGCGCCAUCGAUGGCAUCGGCGAUUAUGUUUCAGUUCGCAUUGAUCCAGAAGUUAAUCCUGGAACGGCAUCAAUCUCUACCAUUAAUGGCGUUGCACCCAAAGAUCAUAGAAUUAAAUUCACCACUGAACAAGUCAUGGAAAGUCUGGGAAUUGACUCCGUCGGUCUGUCCCUCUCUAUCGAGAAGGGAUUACCACCGUUAUGGAAUAUUGGAUCGACAGCUGCUACUGCUGCUGCAGUUUUUGUUGCUGUUAAUGAGAUGUUUGGCGGGAAAUUGUCGGUCUCAGAAUUAAUUCAGGCGGGUGUCUAUGGACGGCCUUUUCUUGAAGAGCAGGUCUCCGAUUGUCAACUCAUCGUCGGUAAUUUAAUGACAUCGAUCAUGGGAGGUUUUGUGAUGAUCCACAAAUACCUACCUCUUGAAGUAAGUCUUCUUGAAUUUCCGGCUGAGAAGGAAUUGUUUUUCAUAUUUGUGAACCCAGAAAUCGAAAUUGAAGGGAACUCGUCAUGUACAACAAGACUAGAGAUGACAACAUCUAUGAAGAAGCCGACAUCUAAGAAGAAGCUAACUUCAUAUGUUGGUUUUGGUCCUACUAUUUUGCGUGGUGCUGAGUGGGCAAGAUCGUUUGAGUACCGGAGGCCGCGUGCGCCACUACUUCCUGGUUUUGAAGUGAUGCACGCAGCAGCAGCAGCGGCGGCCGAGGAGGGGGAAGCAAUGGGAAUGGGGUGUAGAAUAAUUAAAAACAAGAGGGUCAGUGAUGUUGAUGAUUAUCUGGAGAAGUCUAUGGAGGAGAUGGAGGAGAUGAGUAAAUCAAAAAUUCCUGGUCUUGCAAAGGUGAUGAAAGUAGCAUUGGAAGAAGGAGCAUUCGGGUGUAAGUUGGUUGGGCCUAAUGUUAUUGUUGCAGUCACUGAUGAUAUGGAGAAGGGUCAAGAGAUUAAAUAUCGAAUGGUGGAAGCUUUCCACAACCACAACCAUGAAGGAGGAGGAGGAGGUUUGAAGGCUUCUGCAACAAUUCAGAAACUUGAUCGGGUUGGUGCCAGGGUUAUUAGUAGUAGAGAAUGGAAAUGA